UGUGUUUGUGGUCAGUAAGUAUAAUCAGCUCGUGCAGUGAGAAUAACAGGCGUGACGUCACUCACGCGCAGAACUGAGAGACGGAGAGCGCGAGCGCGCAGUCGUUGAAGCGGCGGAGCUGCGCGGCAGCCAUCUUACAGCUCUCACCGUCACCCGAGAUACAUCUCCUGGAUAAUUUUUGAUUUUUUUUUAAACAAAGGCGAAGUGUAAGAGGAGGAAGGGGAAGGGAAGCGCCAGCUUUUAAGCUUUCUUUUUAUUUAUUUCAAGCAAAACUGCGGGAUGAGGAACGGCAGGUCCAUGCCUCGGUGCUCAGCGGGCGGAGUGCUGCUGCUGCUGCUGCUCGGACUGUUAUCCACGGUGGAGGCAGCCAAAGUCAACAAACAUAAGCCAUGGAUCGAGACGACGUAUCACGGAAUCGUGACGGAAAACGAUGACAAAGUUCUGCUGGACCCUCCGCUGAUAGCGCUGGAUAAAGAUGCCCCGUUGCAUUAUGCAGAAAGUUUUGAAGUGACCUUCACCAAAGAAGGGGAGAUUUGCGGCUUCCGUAUUCAUGGCCAGAAUGUUCCAUUUGAGGCGGUGAUGUUGGACAAGUCCUCAGGCGAAGGAGUAAUCCGGGCCAAGGACAAGCUGGACUGUGAGCUUCAGAAGGAACACACAUUCACCAUCCAAGCCUAUGACUGUGGAGAGGGACCUGAUGGAGCCAACAUGAAGAAAUCUCACAAGGCAACUGUCCAUAUCCAAGUGAACGACAUGAACGAGUACUCACCCGUGUUCAAGGAGAAGUCGUAUAAGGCUACAGUCAUUGAGGGCAAAGCGUACGACAGCAUCCUUAAGGUUGAAGCCGUAGAUGCUGACUGCUCCUUCCAGUUCAGUCAGAUUUGCAGCUAUGAGAUCGUCACCCCCGAUGUGCCCUUUACUAUUGACAAGGAUGGCAACAUCAAGAACACCGAAAAGCUGAACUAUAGUAAGGAACGCGCGUACAAGUUGACAGUGACCGCCUUUGACUGUGGGAAGAACCGUGCCUCAGAGGAUGUCCUUGUCAAAAUCAAUGUCAAACCAACCUGUAAACCCAGCUGGCAAGGCUUUAAUAAGAGAAUUGAGUACGAGCCUGGCACAGGAAGUCUGGCCCUGUUCCCCAGCAUUCAUCUGGAGACCUGCGAGGAGCCGAUCACCUCCAUCCAGGCCAGUAUUGAGCUGGAGACCAACCACAUCGGCAAGGGCUGCGACCGGGACACAUACUCUGAGAAAUCCCUGCACCGUCUGUGCGGUGCCAGUUCCGACACUGUGGAGCUGCUGCCUUCUCCCAGCAGUCCCACCAACUGGACCUCAGGCCUUCCCACUGACAACGGCCAUGACAGCGACCAGGUGUUUGAGUUCAAUGGCACUCAGGCUGUGAAGGUUCCUGAUGGUGUGGUGAGCACAAGCCUGAAGGAACCCUUCACCAUCUCAGUGUGGAUGAGACACGGACCUGGUGGUCGGGAGAAAGAAACCAUCCUCUGCAACUCUGAUAAGACAGAGAUGAACAGACACCACUACUCCCUGUAUAUACACAACUGCCGUCUGGUGCUGCUUCUGCGUCAGGACCCGACUGAGGCCGAGAACUAUAAACCAGCAGAGUUCCACUGGAAACUCGAUGAAGUCUGUGAUAAAGAAUGGCACCACUAUGUGCUGAACAUCGAGUUCCCUGCUGUGUCUCUGUUUGUGGAUGGAGCGUCCUUCGAGCCCUUCUUGGUCACAGAGGAUUACCCUCUCCAUGCCUCAAAGAUUGGAAGUCAGCUCACUAUUGGCGCCUGCUGGCAAGACCUCUCAGGACAUGACAAUGACACAGAGACAGGCUCAGAGCCUUUGACAGGUGGCAGCGCUCACAUGACCCAGUACUUCCGGGGAAAUUUGGCUGGUCUCAUGUUCCGCUCUGGGAAGCUGGAGAAUAAGAAGGUGAUCGACUGCCUGUACACAUGUAAGGAGGGUCUGGAUGUGCAGCUCCCAGAGGAAGUGGCUUCAGCAGUGAAGGUGGACUUUAACCCCAAUCAGUCUUCUCUAACCUUGGAGGGAGAUGAUAUUGAGAGCUUUGAGAAGGUCAUGCAGCACAUCUCCUACCUGAACUCCAGACAGUUUCCCACACCAGGAAUACGCCACCUGCGUGUCACCACCACCGUCAAGUGCUUUAACGAGGAGACGUGCAUCUCAGUGCCUGAUGCGGAGGGCUAUGUGAUGGUCCUUCAGCCAGAGGAGCCAAAGAUCAGCCUGAGUGGAAUCGACCACUUUGCACGAGGAGCGGCUGAGUUCGAGAGCACUGAGGGUGUGACUCUGUUCCCUGAACUGCGUGUUGUCAGCACUAUCACACGUGAGGUGGAGGCUGAGGCAGAGGCUGAGGGAGAAGACGAGCCCACGGUGCAAGAGUCUGUGGUUUCUGAGGAGAUCGUGCAUAACCUGGACACGUGUGAAGUGACUGUAGUUGGAGAAGAUCUGGAUGGAAAUCACGAGAGUCUGGAGGUGGAUUUGGCUCAGGUUCAGCAGCGAGGCCUGGAGAUUAGCUCCUCCAACAUGGGCAUGGUCAUCACUGGUGUAAACACUAUGGCCAACUACGAGCAGGUCCUGCACCUCAUCCGUUAUAGGAACUGGCACACAGAAGCUCUGUUUGAUAGGAAGUUCAAACUGGUCUGCUCAGAACUCAAUGGCCGGUAUAUCAGCAAUGACUUCAAGGUUGAGGUCAGUGUGAUUCACACAGCUAACCCAGUUGAGCAUGCUAAUAAUGCCAUGUAUCAACCUCAGUUCAUUAACCAAGUCAAGCAUGCCUCAGUGGACCUGUCAGGACACAACCUGGCCAACACACAUCAAGCUUCAGUUGUACCCAGUGCUGCCACAAUCGUCAUCGUGGUGUGUGUCAGCUUCCUGGUGUUUAUGAUCGUUUUGGGAGUGUUCAGGAUCCGUGCCGCUCACCAGCGCACCAUGAGGGACCAGGAGAACGGCAAAGAGAAUGAGAUGGACUGGGAUGACUCCGCCCUCACCAUCACAGUCAAUCCUAUGGAGACUUAUGAAGAUCAGCACAGCAGCGAAGAGGAUGAGGAUGAGGAAGAGGAGAGUGAAGACGGCGAGGAGGAAGACGACAUCACUAGCGCAGAGUCAGAGAGCAGCGAGGACGAGGAAGGGGCAGAGCCAGAGGACCAACAGGGCACCAGCCGACAGCAGCAGCUGGAGUGGGAUGACUCCACUCUGACCUACUGACGCUGCCGAGUGCACACGCCACUCUGAUAACAUGCGAAAAAUGCGCCCACGCACACACAAACACACACAGUUCCACCUGCCUCCCCACUCACUCACUGUCUCACCUCUCCACCAGUGAGGAGUUCCAGUUUUCCUCGCCAGAUUCCCCACCUACAGAGCCAUGAGUUUAAACAAAUAAAUACUUAAAGCAAAAUCCGUAUAUAUAAAUAUAUAUAUACCUAUAAAUACAUAUAUAUAUAUUUAGUGUCUGUGGUGACGGACCACGCGGAAUUAGCUUACUUUCCACUGGCCAAGGCUUCCCUGGUGUCAGCUUAGUGGUGAUGUUCAGUGUAGUAUAAUUAUCACAUAAUAGUUGAAUGCAAGUUAAGUUUUUCCUUUUUAUUUUGUAUUUAUUUGUGGGAUACCUGGCCUAGAAUUUAUUUUUAUUAGCUCUGUAACAAAAUGCCUUGCACCAUUUUCCUCGUUUGUAACGUCAUUGAAACCAAGAAUAAUUUUAUGUAUAUUACACACAAAUUUGGAAUUAGUUUGCUACAGAACUUUAAAAAUAAGUUUCGUCUCUUCGCUUUUGAUAAUUCUUCUUGCUCUUCUUGCUCCAUGUUUCUUUUUCUUUUUUAUAGUGCAUGAAAAUUUGCAGUCAUAGUCAUGCGUGUAGAAGAACCUUGCUUUCUGAUAUUUUGUAAAUAUGAUGAAAUCAUGGUGUCCAGUAUCUAAAGCGUUGCAGUACCUGCUGUAGAAUAAUUUUUUUGUGUGUGUUACAGAGGCUCUAGCAUGUUUCGGUAAAAAAAAAAAAUAAAUAAACAUUUGGAAAGCUCUUCCAUCAUGAUCGUGCGCUUUAGAAAGAGAAACCCAUGACAGAGGCUGAGGUUUCUGUGGCAAAGUGUUGCUUAUUCUGUCUUAUCUUUUUUUUAAUUAUUUUAAUUAUUUUCUAUUUAACGGAGCGGGUGGGCGUGAAAAUCGGCUAAUGUAGUCUUGCACAGGUGCAAAUGCUACAACUUACGAGGCAUUGUUCUUUUCAAUUUCUGUGAAGUCCGCUAUUGGACAGAGGUUUAUAUAUUUGGACCCUCAGAAUAAUCACGUUCAGGUGAUGAAAAUACAUUUGUUUAAAUGGUACUGUAUGUUGUAAAGUUGAGACACUCUGCAUUUAAGCCAUCUUGGAGUGGUAGUGGUACUUUUUCCUGUAAUGAUGUCUACUGUCAUAACCCCUACUGAUCAAGCCAGUCUGAUGUAAUUUGGACAAACGUUUGAGCUUCAUGACAUCUGUGCAGUGCCAUGAUGGAUAAAAAGUCUUUGAUCGUUUGUUACUCCAGUCAGUUGCAUUUAUUUUUGUUCAUAUUUAUACUUUGGUGUACAAUUUACUCACUCAUUGACGGCCUGGUCAUUCCAGUCCUAGAAAAUAUUUUAUGGGAAUAAUAUAUAACAUAAAUUCUCGAGGAAGAACUCUGCAGCCUCAUCGAGAGGUCAUUCAUCCGUUUGAAUUCUAUUAAACCAGUGCUCGACGGCCUUUCUGUGACUGUAUAAAGGUCAGGUUUGGAAAGAUAUGUUACAUACAGAUUUACGUUAAGGAGAAUGUCGAAUUUAGGUGAAGUGGUACUUUGUUUAGAUUGUAAUUUUCCUGAUUCAUUGCAUGGAUGUUUUCUGUUUACUGCUGAAAUCCAAAAGUUUUUCUUUUUCUUUUCUUUUUUUUGUUGUUUCUACUGCUGUUAAGAUUAGUCUAAUUUAGUUUCUGUUUUUAUGACUGGCAGGUAAGGACAAUUAGAGAUUGAUCAGGGUGCUUUGGCGUGUCUGAUAACCUUUCCUUAAUUGGAAAUGUUUGAUGUUUCCCAUCACAAUCUGGCAGCUGGUUCUUCUCAGAAAAAGCUCAGACCAGAGGUGCAGUCCAUGAUUGAUUUAGCAAAGCUGGGAGUGCCUUUCGCCUGUCACUGCACAUCAACAUAAUUAACACAGCCCUCAUCCACACCAUUCCAACUGGUGGCCAUUUCUUUCUUUUGUAAUUAACAACAUUAGGAUUGUACAGUUAUAGCAAAAUGUUUUUUUUUUUGUUGUAAUUGGGGUCAACAGCUAGUUUUUAUCAGUAGUGAUUGUUUUAAUUGUCCUGCAUAGAUGUCCUGUGUUCAUAUUGAUGUGUAGAGAACGUAGAUCCAUAUUGUAUCAUGAAUAAAUAUUGUACUAAAUCAUGUUUGAGGAAAUCCACCUCUAUAAAGAUGUAUAUAAUUGAAAUUCUUUAGGCAGUGUAUGUGGGUAUGAAAAUUAACAAUGUGUGUAUAGUGAAAUCUCAUUUUAAAGUUUAAUGCCUGAUUUCCUAACCAAGACAAAGGGCAGCAUGAAAAUCAUAAGAACUGGUCAAAUAUCCUUUUCCCCUUUGCACAGUUUUCUAGCACAAAUUGUGUCAUGAUCUGUGAGAAUAUUUUUUGCUUAUGAUAUUUUAUAUUUAGUACAACCACUUAACUCUGUUUAUUUGUUAAGUCACUGGAUGAAAGCAGGCCAUUCCAUGUUUGAAUGAAUGGAAAUUUAAGAGAAAUGGUUCUCCGGGUGAGUCUUUUCAGCUGAAGCGUUUACUAAGAAGGUAGGACAGAACAAUAGGAAUUUUCUCUGCAGGUUUGUAAUUUUUUUCGAUUAUCAAUGAAGUAAAAUUUACAUUGUGCUCCAUGUACUCAAGCAUCCAUGUCCAGCCUAUGAAAAAAAAAAAAAAAAAAAAAAAAAAAAGGAGUCUGAAAGUAGGGGUGUUGAUCUCAUGUACUAUGGCUUGGGGUUGUCAAAUAGUAAUAUGAAACUAAAGGCCGAACUACUAAAACACACUUUGCAAAUGGCUUUGUCUAUAUUGUUUAGUUUUUUUGUAAAGAAAGGUAAGCAAGGUUGAGAAAUGUUGGAUGCAGCCCUCAUAAUCAUUCACUUUUCUACAUUCAGUGGCAAUUUUUGGUGAAGGUGGUGCUUGCUCAUGAACAAAAUAAAGGAUGAUGAGAUGAAAUAAA